CAAAAACAAGGAACGUUGCUGUUAAACCAUUUUUCCGCUUUAUUCGUAAUUUGUUCUUGGCCGAAACCGUGUAUAUAAUCGAGGUGUGUUAUUUUUGGAAUAAAAGUGUCAGUUGAACUGGUUAAAUAUGCUCUUCCUGGGCGUUUACUAUAAAACAGAAAGUGAAAAAAAAUUUAAAUCGGCUUGUGAUCAAGUCAGAAAAUUUUCAAAAAGACCUCCAGAUAAUGAUCUUCUAGAAUUGUAUUCGCUUUACAAACAAGCUACAGUUGGAAAUGUUAAUACUGCUAAACCUUCAGGCUUGGAAGACGUAAAGAAAUGGGAGGCUUGGAACGCUAAAAAAGGAAUCGCUAUUAGCUCCGCUAAAGAACAAUACAUUGCAAAGGCGAAAGUUCUAGCUGCUAAACCUUCAGGCUUGGAAGACGUAAAGAAAUGGGAGGCUUGGAACGCUAAAAAAGGAAUCGCUAUUAGCUCCGCUAAAGAACAAUACAUUGCAAAGGCGAAAGUUCUAGCUGCUAAACCUUCAGGCUUGGAAGACGUAAAGAAAUGGGAGGCUUGGAACGCUAAAAAAGGAAUCGCUAUUAGCUCCGCUAAAGAACAAUACAUUGCAAAGGCGAAAGUUCUAGCUGGUACAUAUGCUUAAGUUUCUUCAAAUUGUUUAGCAUUGUUUUUUGUAGAACUAAAUAAUAAAGUAGAUACUGAUGAUAUCACAUUCACAAUACUGUAAUGUUAGCACUGAAAAAUAAUAUACUGAUAUUUUUUGUUUA